CGGGCCCCGUGCAGCCAUGGCGUACCGCGGGCAGGGCCAGAAGGUGCAGAAGGUGAUGGUACAGCCCAUCAACCUGAUCUUCCGCUACCUGCAGAACAGAUCCAGGAUCCAGGUGUGGCUCUAUGAGCAGGUGAACAUGAGGAUAGAAGGCUGCAUCAUCGGCUUUGAUGAGUACAUGAACCUGGUGCUGGAUGAUGCUGAGGAGAUUCACUCCAAAACCAAGUCCAGGAAGCAGCUGGGUCGGAUCAUGCUGAAGGGAGACAACAUCACCCUGCUGCAGAGCGUCUCCAAUUAGGCUGGAAAAAUUCGGGAUUGGGAGCUGUGGAAAAACCAGGAGGAGCCAGAGGAGAGAUCCCCACCUUCCCUCGGGAAUUCUGUUUUGUAGUUCGGGGCUUUCUGUGGGAAAUAAAAAUGGGUUUUUGUUUGUU